AUGCUUGGAUUUUGUUGUCGACAGUAUGCUGAUAAUGAAGCACAGUUACGUUUUACUCAAGAUUUUGAAAAUCAUUAUGAUUCACAUAAGGUUAUAUUUUGGUAUACACGUGAUACAUUUCUCUAUCGUCUUCUGAAUAAGGCAUUGAGAGAACAGGAUAUUGAUAUAUUGUAUUCAGUGAGAUACUUCAUUAGAAAUCUUCAUCUACAAUUCAAAGACUAUCAUUCUAAACAAAUAUCAACAAAUACAACUGCAGAAAAUGAGAAAAUGAUCACUGUUUAUCGUGGCCAGUUGAUAAAAAACGAGGAAUUCGAACGUAAAAUACGACAUAAUCUUGGCGGUUUUCUCUCUGUAACUAGUUUUCUGUCCACAACAAUGGUUAAGCAGCUAGGUGCCAUAUUUUCUGGUAAUGGUGGUGAAAUUGACACACAAAGCGUUCUGUUUCAAAUAGAUAUUAAACAAUCAGUAAAGAAAUUUCCCUAUGCUAAUAUCUCUACGGAAAGUGUAUUCUGUGAAGAAGAAGGAGAAAUUCUAUUUACAAUGGGUUCUGUCUUUCGUAUACUUUCAAUUCAAUCGACUGGCAUUAAUAUGUGGUAUAUUCAUUUGAAACUAACUGGUGAAGAAGACAAAGAAUUAAUGAAAUUAAUUGAGUACUUGACAGGUGGUUUUGGUACAUUUACGUCUGAAAUUCAUUUAGCAAGAUUACUAUUCGAAAUGGCUCAGUACAGUAAAGCAAUACAUUUUUUAGACAUUGCUAUGCAAGACUCACAGCUUAUGGAAAAUUUGAUUGUACGGGUUUACAUCUACAAUGAACUUGUGGAUAUAUACAGCGUAAUUGGAGAAAGAGAUAAAUCUGGAGAAUAUUAUUGA